AGAAGAUAUUUAUGUAAAGUAUUUUUAUGGUUUUCUUUUACAAGAAUUUCUUCAGCUUGAAAAGACACGUACAAUUAUGUGUCUUUGCGACCCUGACGAGACCCACAUGUGUCUUAUGUGACCCUGAAUUAGUUAGCAUUCAGGGUCACCCAGCUUUUGUUGCAAGCAAAUGCACAAAAAUUAUUUACCUUUAGCUCUUUAUUCUUGGUAAAACUCUUAUCUUUUGCUAUGAAACUAUGUGAACCACAAAACUAAUUUAUUUGAAGACGGAUGGACAGAAGUCGUUCAAUAUUGUCCUUUCUAUUCUCAAACCUUCACUGAUUUGUUGGGAACUACAUGACAAAAACGGCUGACCAUACACUCUUUUGUUGGGUGUGUAUCCUUUGUACUUAUUUGGGCUUUUAGUCACCCUGAGGGCCAUGGAAGAAAUGUGGGAGUCUGGCCUAGACUGUGGAGCAAGUCAGGAACUGGGAGUCCAAUUUCAAGAGUCAUCUGGAUCAAAAGGCAAAUUAGAAGGUUUAAAACCCCCACUUUUUCCAGCUGUGUUGAUUUUACUGAGGCAGCUGGAUUCCAGGAACAUCAUCAUAGCAGGCACUGUGGUAGGUGCAACACAGGGCAAACCAUGCUGCAGUUCUCCGGGGACAACCCAGUCCUCUGCAUGCACAUCCUCAGCUCUCCUAGCAAAGUGAAGGGACCGGAGGAAAAAGGCUGAAUAAGCACUUCUGUGAAUGUGCAAAGACUUCUUCAAGAGCAAAGUACACCCAACACUGAGUUAAUCCUUGAAGAUAAUGCAGAUUUCACUUUAACUCACUGCACAGUCCAAGAGGACUGGAAGUGAGCAAUGGGGCAACCAGCUUCUCUUUGCAGUCUGGUGACAUUAUUGAUUAUUUCUGGUGCAAACCAUGGAUCAGAUUCUAUUGAGAAAAACAGACCAAGAAGAGACUUCAAUCAGGAACAGCCUCGCAUGUCCUCCGAAAGCGGCCAUUUAGUCUUCCACACUGGCUUGGCCAAAAAUAUUGAAUUCAGAACUGGAUCCCAUGGCAGAAUAAAAGUGAACGAAGAAGAUCUUGCUGAGACCCUGAAGCAGAUCCAAAAGAACAAAGAUGAGAUUCUAGAACUAAAAAGAACCACUAGCCUCCUUCAGAAUGUUUCCAGUCAGAUCAUCCAGCUGCAUUCCAAGAUUGGGGAUAUAGAAAGCAGGCUUCAAACCUUUGAGCAAAUCUUCUUGAGAAAAGCCUGUAGCAGUAAUCCCUGCCAGAAUUCUGGAACCUGCAUCAAUUUGUUGGAUUCUUUCUUUUGUCUCUGCCCCAGCAACUGGCAGGGCCCAUUCUGUUCUGUCGAUGUUAAUGAAUGCCAAAUAUACAGUGGGACACCUCUAGGCUGCCAGAAUGAAGCUACGUGCGUAAAUACCCAGGGUAGUUACAGCUGCAUCUGUACGCCUGAAACCUAUGGAUUCCACUGCGCAUCCAAAUUUGAUGACUGCCAUGGGGGAUCUCAGGCUCUUUGUGCACAUGGGCUCUGUAUUGACGGAAAAAGAGAGCAACCCAACCAGCCAAACUACACCUGUAUCUGUGAUGCUGGUUGGAUGUCACCGCAAGGAAGCCCUGCCUGUUCAGCCGAUAUUGAUGAAUGCAGCCUCCCGAAACCUGCCUGCUCACAGAAUCCUCCAGUGCGGUGCUACAACACACCGGGCUCCUAUUUCUGUGGUCCUUGCCCAGCAGGUUGGGAAGGAAAUGGCUACAGUUGCCAUGAUAUCAACGAGUGCGAGACAGCCAACGGAGGCUGUUCGACUGCUCCAAUGGUUCCGUGUAUCAACACACCGGGAUCCUUCUAUUGCAGCCAUUGUCCCCCAGGCUAUGAAGGUGAUGGGAAAGUGUGUACCCAAGUUAACAUUUGCUCCCUAAACAAUGGAGGUUGUCAUCCACUUGCAGCCUGUACCAGCAUAUCAGGCCUUGUGCCCAGUUGCGUGUGCCCAGCCGGGUACUCUGGGAGUGGCUACGGCGCGAAUGGAUGUGCGCCACUGAGCACCGUCUGCCAGACACAAAACCCCUGUGCCAAUGGGCAGUGCCUCGCUACAGUCUCUGGCUAUACCUGUGUAUGCGAUCCAGGCUGGACUGGGGCCACGUGUAUGGAAAACAUUGAUGAGUGUUCCAGCAAUCCUUGCCAGCAUGGUGGAAGCUGCGCUGAUGGGGUGAACGGCUACUCUUGUGAAUGCACAAGCAGUUGGACUGGACCCCAGUGCCAGAUGCCCCAACAAGCUUGUGGAGGGUCACUUCUGGGCCUCUCAGGCUCGUUCAGCUACCCGAACAAUUCAGGCAGUGAGCAAUAUGGUCGGCAGGUCAGCUGCAGCUGGGUGAUCAGGACUGAUUAUGACAAGAUCCUGCAUAUCACUUUUCCAGUCUUCCAGCUGGAAGAAAGUACCAGCUGCAGGUCUAGCUUUCUCCAGGUUCAUGAUGGAGAGUCAACAGCAGCCAACAUGCUGGGAAAAUACUGUGGAUCAUCUCCCCCAGCAGAGCUUUCCAGCAGUCACAAUUCUCUGUAUUUCUUUUUCUACUCUGAUCACAUGGCCAAUGCAGGAAGGUUCACAGUUCACUGGGAAUCUCAGCAGCCUGAGUGUGGUGCUGAACUGACCGGUACUUAUGGCUCAAUUUCCUCACCUGGCUACCCUGGUAACUACCCUCCCAACAGGGAUUGUUAUUGGACCCUCUCAACCAAUCCCAGCCUUCUCAUCACAUUUGCAUUUGGCACACUGAGUCUUGAACACCAUGAUAAUUGCAGCGAGGACUAUUUGGAGAUUCGGGAUGGUCUCCUCCCUCAGGACCCCCUCCUUGGAAAGUACUGCAGUACUAGCUUGCCCCCACCUCUUCAAACCACCGGUCCCUACGGCUGGGUCCACUUCCAUUCCAAUGGCUUCGGUAGUGACAGAGGCUUCCAUAUCACAUACACAACAGCACCUGCUGAUCCCAACUGUGGAGGAAAUUAUACAGACAGCAGCGGGGUUAUCAUGUCCCCUUACUGGCCGAAUUCUUAUCUUUACAACCGGCAGUGCAUCUACAUCAUCCAACAGCCACCCAGUGAAAAGAUCCAUCUGAAUUUCACACACCUGGAGCUGGACAGUCAUCCCAGUUGCUCUUGGAAUUACAUCGAGGUCCGAAAUGGCAACACCGAGAUGUCUCCCCUAAUCGGCAAGUUCUGUGGCAAUGCGACUCCUUCAGUGAUAACUUCCAAUAGCAACAGACUCUGGAUCAAGUUUCGGUCUUACACUGCAGCCCACAAGUCUAGCUUUAGGGCUGUUUAUGAUGUUGUGUGUGGGGGAACCUUGUCUGGCAAUGGAGUUAUCAGAUCCCCCUAUUAUACCAGGGCAUUGUCUCAUGGCAAGAUCUGUGAGUGGAUCAUCUCCCAGUCGGAAGGGCAUGUGGUGAUUCUGAAUUUCACUGACUUCUGGAUUCAUAGUACCACAACCUGUAACUUGGAUUAUGUUGAGAUCAGAGAUGGCAACAACAUGAAUUCUCCUGUUUUGGGGAAAUACUGUGGUGGAGUUGUACCUUCAAUAGUUCAGUCCACACGCAAUUUUCUCUAUGUAAAAUUCAGAGCUUCAUCUGUUACCAACCUUGGUUUCCAGGCUGACUACAAGUCUUUGGAUGCAGCAUGUGGAGGGAUUCUCACAGAACUGGAGGGAACCAUUGCAAGUCCUGGCUAUCUUGCCACAUACCCACAUGGCAUCAACUGUGCAUGGACCAUCCUAGCCCAGCCUGGUUACCUGAUCCGUCUGACCUUCACAUCUUUCAACCUGGAAUUUGGUUACACUUGCUACCAAGAUUACCUUGACAUCUAUGACAACUUCACUAUGACAAAAUUGGGGCGGUAUUGUGGGAGGUCAGUCCCACCAUCUGUGACCAGCAGUGGCAACACGAUGAUGCUGCAUUUCGUGACAAAUCGGAACAUCGCUUCAGAGGGAUUCUCGGUGAAUUAUGUUUUCCUGAAUGCAUCUAGAGUAUGUUCACAUGAAUACACGGAGGCUUCCGGUGUGCUGACGUCUCCAAACUACCCCAACCUCUAUCCCAACCGAAUGACCUGCACAUACAGGAUCCAUGUGGGGAACAAUAAACAGAUUGCUUUGCAUUUUACCAAUUUCUCUUUGGAGGGUGGAGCCACAUGUCCCAGUGACUAUGUAGAAGUCAGAGAUGGAGGUUAUGAGACAUCACCAUUGAUUGGGAAGUUCUGUGGCUCAAUAUUACCGCCAGUUAUUAUCUCUCAUAGUAACCAACUAUGGAUAAAAUUUGUAAGUGAUAUCUAUUUUUCAAGCACUGGAUUCUCUGCAUACUGGAAUGGAACGUUAACAGGGUGUGGUGGGACCCUCACGGCGACCUCUGGAAUCUUUGUGUCUCCCAACUAUCCUCUGCCCUACUACCACAACGCAGAGUGCUACUGGCUGCUGAGCUCCAGUCGUGGAAGCCCGUUUGAAGUCCAGUUCGAUCAAUUUCACUUAGAGUCUCAUCCAAGUUGUAACUUCGAUUAUCUUGCUGUCUAUGAUGGCAAUAGUUCCAGUUUUAAGAUGUUGGGCAAAUUUUGUGGGAAUCAAAUACCACCCACAAUACGCUCGACCAGGGACAGAGUGUACAUCAAACUAAGGACUGAUCGUUCCUUGGGAGGUGGAGGCUUCCUUGUACGUUAUAAGCAGAUUUGCCAAGGAAUAAUAAUUGCUAAUCAUAGCCAAGGCAUCUUGGAGAGUUUAAACUACCCUAACAAGUAUCCUUCAGACACGAAGUGCAACUGGACCAUCCAAACUACAAUGGGUAACACCCUCAACUACAGCUUUACGGCGCUCAGCACAAAGGGAGGAGCAAAUUGUGAACGGGACCAUGUGAAGCUUUAUGAUGGGCCCAAUGACCAGUCCACCCUGAUAGGCACUUUCUGUGGCGACGCUGAUCUCCCAUCUGGAGGUACCACAAGCUCCAGUCUUCAUGUUGUAUUUUUCUCAGAUAAAAUAGAUGAAUCUACUGGUUUUCAGAUGCUGUGGCAUGUCAAUGGAUGUGGUGAGGAACUUUCAGGAACGUCUGGAUCUUUCCAUAGCCCUGGCUAUCCAAGCAAGUACCCACAUAACAGGGAAUGUCACUGGUACAUCCAUACAGCUCCAGGGAGCAGCAUUCAACUCACCAUUGUGGAAUUUGACAUCGAAUACCAUACGAGUUGCAACUAUGAUGUUUUGGAGAUCUAUGGUGGCCCUGACUUCUCUUCUCCCAGGCUGGCUCAGCUCUGUGCCCCACGAUCGCCACAGAAUCCUUUGCACAUCUCAAGCACUGGAAAUAUGAUUGCGAUCCGGUUCAAAACAGACAGAACUCUGCAUGGAAAGGGCUUCAAUGCUACUUGGCAGGAAAUAGCUGGUGGUUGUGGAGGAGUUUUCCAAGCUCCACAUGGAGAAAUCCAUUCUCCCAACUAUCCCCAGCCUUAUGGCAACAGCACUGACUGCUCUUGGGUUAUCCGAGUUGAGAGUGGCCACCGAGUGCUGUUGAACUUCACAGAUGUUCAAAUAGAAUUUCAUCGUUCAUGCAACUAUGACUAUGUCUCAGUAUUUGAUGGGCCUGAUAAUGAAGCUCCACUUCUUCAAAAAGUCUGUGGUCAGCAGAAACCACCUCCUGUCACUUCAACCCAAAAUGUCAUGUUUGUGAGAUUCCGCUCAAAUAGCAAUGUCCACCUCAGAGGCUUUAGUGCUCGGUUCUCUGAAGCGUGUGGAAGUGUCUUAGAGGCUGAUUCAGUCGGUGCAGCAAUUUCCUCUCCUCUUUACCCAGCCAAGUAUCCAAACAAUCAGAACUGCACUUGGAUUAUUCGAGCCCAGGAACCAUCUGACCAUGUUACCCUCUCAUUCACUGAAUUCGAGACUGAAGACAGAAGGCAUAACUGCAGCACAGAUUAUGUGGAAAUCCGGGAGGGAGAUAAUGACAAUGCACCAUUGCAAGGCCGCUAUUGUGGCAUUGCCAUGCCACAUCCAGUAACUUCUUUCAGCAGUGCCAUGUCCAUUAGCUUUGUCUCUGACAACAUCACUGCGGCCAAAGGAUUCCGUGCCAUUUUUUCUGCAUCAACUUCUGCCUGUGGGGGUACCUACCAUAUGGAGAGAGGAGCCUUCAAUAGUCCCAACUUUCCUGAACCGUACCCGAUGAAUGUUGAGUGUGUCUGGAACUUUCUGAGCUCCCCUGGCAACCGGCUCCAGCUGUCUUUCACGGAAUUUCAGAUAGAAGAAAGCGAAGACUGCACCAAGGACUAUGUUGAAAUCCGGGAAAACAAUUCUGCUGGCCACCUGGUGGGACGAUACUGUGGAACCUCCUUGCCAGUGAAUUACACCUCCAUCGUGGCACAUGCCCUGUGGGUUAAAUUUGUCUCAGAUGGCUCAAACAGUCAAAGGGGCUUCCGGGCCACAUUUGCUCACUUGUUUGGAAAUAAUAUCGUGGGGAACCAUGGACAAGUUGCUUCUCCACUGUGGCCAAGAAAUUAUCCACACCGCUCUAAUUACCAGUGGACAAUAACUGUUAAUGCAACACAAGUUAUCCAUGGCCAGAUCUUACAGAUGGAUAUUGAAGAUUUGUAUAACUGUUACUAUGAUAAAUUGAAGGUGCAUGAUGGGCCCAACACACACUUUCGUCUCAUUGCAGUAUAUUGUGGUGUAACACCCUUUUCUUUCACUUCCUCUGGAAGCUCUGUUACUCUCCACUUCAUCACUGAUGGCUCUGUAAAUGGAAAGGGUUUCCUUUUGAACUGGUAUGCUGUGGAUGCUGUUACAGAUUCUGGAAAUACCAUUCCAAUAGGUGCCUGUGGAGGGUUCUCAAUUACCCGUGAAAUGCCUUUAUUCCUAUUCUCACCUGACUGGCCUGCAAACUACAGAAAUCAUGCCAAUUGCUCAUGGGUUAUCAGAGCACCAGACUCCACAGUGGAGUUCAACAUCCUUUCCAUGGACAUUGAGUCUCAUCACUCGUGUAACUAUGAUUCACUUGUCUUCAGAGAUGGAGACAAUGUUCUGGCACCAGUUCUCUCCACUCUAUGUGGUCGUGAAAUUCCCGGACCAAUAAGAUCAACGGGGGAUGCCAUGUUUGUUCAAUUCACUUCUGAUAGAAGUAUUACUGGUGCUGGAUUUAAUGCUUCUUAUCACAAAAGUUGUGGUGGCUACUUGCAAGCUGACAGAGGUGUGAUCACUUCACCCAACUAUCCGCAGACAUAUCCUCCUAACUUUAAUUGCUCCUGGCAUGUUCUGGUUACUGCUGGCUUCAUCAUUGGUGUCCACUUUGAGCAGCCAUUCGAGGUGCUGAAUGAUGAUGCUUCCUGCAGCCAUGGAGAUUAUAUUGAGCUCAGAAAUGGACCCGAUCUUUCUGCCCCACCAUUAGGACCCAGUGGCAGGACUGGGCGCUUCUGUGGUUCAAGCACCUUUUCUACAAUGUAUACCACUGACAACCAGCUGUUUAUCCACUUCAUUUCUGAUAGCAAUAAUGGAGGGCAAGGCUUCAGACUGAAGUACGAGGCAAAGGGGCUUGCUUGUGGAGGAAACAUCUAUAUCAGUCAAAACAAUCCCUCUGGCUACAUCUCCUCACCCAACUAUCCUGGCAAUUACCCACCACAUGCUGAUUGUGUCUGGAUUAUAAUUGCUCCCUCUGGGGAAGCAGUGGAGCUGCAGUUUGAAGAUCAGUUUGAUAUUCAGGCUUCAACCAACUGCACAUUAAGUUAUCUAGAAUUACGAGAUGGUGCUGACUCCAGUGCAGCAGAGAUUGCCAAGCUCUGUGGGAAUGCUCUGCCAGCCGCUCAAAGAUCUUCAGGUUCCACCUUAUAUAUGAGAUUUUGGUCAGAUGGUGUAGAAACAAAAGCUGGAUUUAAUGUCAAAUAUUCAAGAGCUGUAUGUGGUGGAACGUUGAUAGGACAAAAUGGGAUCAUUGAAAGUGUUGGAUUUCCUGAUCUUCACUAUCCAAACAAUUUGCUGUGUGAAUGGUUUCUUCAUGGACCAGAGGGCCAUUAUCUCACCAUUCAUUUUGAAGGGCUAGAUAUUCAGAACUCAUCAGAGUGUGGAAAAGACUACUUGGAAAUCCAUGAAAAUCAUGGCUCAGGGAAUUUAUUAGGUAAAUACUGUGGUAAUACCAUACCUCCCACGUUGGACACUUCUGGCAACCUGGCUUAUAUCAAGUUUGUCACUGAUGGAUCGAUCAAUGCUCCUGGAUUCAGGUUGCAUUUUGCUGCUAAUGCUGAAGAGUGUGGCGGUGAACUUCAUGGCCCUGCUGGGACAUUUACCUCCCCCAACUUUCCAAAUUCCUACCUGCACAGACGAAAAUGUGAAUGGAGAAUCCACGUGCCCUUUGGACGUCGGGUCACCUUGACCAUUAGUGACAUUAAUUUUGAAUUCAGUCCGAACUGUAGUUCGAAUUAUUUGGCUGUUCACAAUGGCUUUGGUGAAAACAGACCCAGGCUAUCCAAACUGUGUGGUAGGGUGACCCCAGGCACCCAGGUGCAGUCCUCUGGAAACAAGAUAACAGUAAUUAUGGUGACAAGCCAUGAUGAUUCAGGGGCAAGCUUCAGAAUUGCGUAUGCUUCUGACGAAGAUGCAGUGUGUGGCAAGCAUCUGCUCAGUUCAAAUAGUGGAAACAUCACUUCUCCUGGUUAUGAUGGUGCUAGCAACUAUUCAAGCAACCUGAACUGUGAAUGGGUUAUCCAAAAUCCUCAGCCAGCCACCACGACUAUUUACCUUCUCUUUCAAGAGUUUCACUUGGAAAAGCAAACCAAUUGCCAGAAUGACUACUUGGAAAUUCGACAAGGGGAUUCUGAUGGAACACUCUUAUAUAGAAUAUGCAAAGCACCUCAAGAGCCAGUACUAAUAGCAGCUCCUCAAAUCUGGAUACAGUUUUUAAGUGAUGCUGAAAAUGCAGACAAAGGAUUUGUCAUUCAUUACUCUUCUCUAGACUGUGGUGGUGUAAAGGAAGCUGAAAGUGGAAUAAUUUCAAGCCCCAACUUCCCAGAACCUUAUAACAGUUCUAGCCAUUGCUCCUGGCUCUUGAUAGCACCAGAAGGACAUACCAUCAAUCUUACUUUUGUGGCUUUCAAAAUCCAGCGCCAAAGGAACUGUAAGCAGGACUCAGUCACAAUUUUGAAUGGUGGAUCUCCUAGUUCCCCUGUCAUAGGACGGUAUUGUGGAAUGACAUCACCUGGCACCAUUCUGUCAGGCUCCAAUCAGUUAUUAAUAAACUUUAAUUCUCACCAGUCUGGGCUGGGAGAUGGUUUCUCUGCAACAUGGACCUCUGAUUCCUUAGGAUGUGGUGGCAUCCUUCAUUCUGAGAAUGGUACCAUCAGGUCUCCUCACUGGCCACAGAACUUUCCACAGAACAUUAGGUGCUCAUGGACAAUCAUUACUCACCAAGGCAAACAUUUGGAGAUGACCUUUGAUGAAAACUUCCAGAUACCGCAUAGUAAUGGACAGUGUCAGAGUAGUUAUGUGAAGGUGCUGAGAGGAAACGCUAACGAACAGGAAGAUGGAAUAUUAGCUGUUGGGUGUGGAGAUUCAGCUCCUGAGGCUAUUGUUGCCCCAGGAAAUGUGAUGACAACAGUGUUUCAGUCACGGGACAUCCCAGGACGUGGUUUUUCUGCAUCUUUUAUAAGCCGUUGUGGAGCAAAUUUCACUGCUCCUUCAGGUCGCAUUGUAUCUCCUAAUUUUCCCAGCCAGUAUGACAACAACUUGAAUUGCAAUUAUAUCAUAGAAGUGGACCCCCAGUCUGUUGUCAUCUUGACUUUUCAGAUGUUUGAUCUGCAGUCUUAUAGUGCCGUAGCGUAUUGCCCAUACGAUGGAGUGAAGAUCUUCAAAGGGAACAGAGUAACUUCAUAUCCUGUGGAAACAUUUUGUGGCAAUGACAUUCCCAAUCCUGUCAGCAUCUUUGGAUCCACCCUGCUGAACUUCUACACAGAUUCUAAUACUGUUGGCAUGGGAUUUUUGGCCACUUAUACAGUAAUCCCUUGUGGUGGUGUUUUCCAAGGCUCCAGGGGCACAAUCAAGAGCCCUACCCAUUCCUUCACUGAAUAUCAUCACAAUAUGAACUGUUCGUACCACAUUACUGUCGGAAAUAACAAGAUAGUGGCACUCAAAUUCAACCACUUCGACCUUGAAGCCUCCUCGUCUUGUUACAAAGAUUAUGUUUCUGUGUAUGAUGGCCCAGACAUCACUUCUCCACUGCUUGGGAAAUUCUGCGGCACAGUCCUUCCUCCUUUCAUCAAGAGCUCCUCAAAUGAUUUACUCCUGGUGUUCAGGACAGAUUCCUAUGAAGCAGCCGGCGGGUGGAGAGCUUCUUUCACAGAGACAAUAGGUCCUCAGCAAGGUUGUGGUGGCUACCUGGUGAAUCCAAGUGGAAGCUUUGGCUCUCCGGACUCCAACAAGGAUGGCAAAUAUGACAAAGAUCUAGACUGUGUGUGGACUAUAGCUGCACCCAUUAACAAGCUGAUCAACCUCACUUUCAACAGUUUUGUGCUGGAAGCAAUGUCUAGGCAAACCUGCCGAUUUGAUUAUGUCAAGCUUUAUGAUGGUAUGAAUGAAAAUGCCCCUCUAGCUGGCACAUUCUGUGGCUCCACUAUUCCAGCUAAUUUUAUUUCUAGUGACAACUACCUGACCAUUAAGUUUGUUACUGACAUGACUGUAGAAAGAGAUGGCUUCAUUGCUACCUACACUAUUGUGGACAGACUAUGUGGAGGUAUAUAUAAUGCAACAUCUACUGCCCAAAUUGCAACGUCGCCCUACUUCCCCAGUGCCUAUCCUCCAUUUACAUUCUGCAGAUGGGUCAUUGAUGCUCCUCCUGAGCAACAGGUCAAAGUAGCCAUACAGGAUUUCCACCUCCAUGCCAACCAGGACUGCUCUCAGAAUUAUCUUGAGUUCCAGGACUCACCACUGAGCAAUCAAGAACAUGCCGAUCGCAUCCACAGAUUUUGUGGCUCCGAAAACUUCAGCAUCCCUGAGUUUUAUUCUUAUAGGCAAACCAGCACAGUGAUUUUUAGAUCAGACACCUAUACACUUAACAGUGGGCUCCGCUUCUCUUACCAAGCUUCAGGUUGCAACAGAGAGUACAAUCAAUCCUUUGGGUAUCUGAAAAGCCCGGCCUGGCCUAAUCCUUAUCCUCGUAAUUUGGAUUGUACCACUAUUCUACGAUCCCCACCAAAUCACACAAUCUCUCUGUUUUUCCAUUCUUUUAACCUAGAGGACUUUGGAUGUCAGCAUGACUUUUUAGAGGUCAGAAAUGGUAGUGAUGCCAACUCUCCACUGCUUGGCAAAUAUUGUGGAAGCACCCUACCCAAUCCUGUAUUUCCUAAAAACCAUGUCUUAUAUCUGCAUUUCAAAAGUGAUGUCCUAAUUUCUUAUGAAGGAUAUGAAAUUACCUGGACGUCAUCACUAAAUGGAUGUGGUGGCACCUUAUAUGGUGAGACUGGUUCAUUAGCCAGCCCAGAGUACCCAGCUUCCUAUCCGAAUCAGACAGAUUGUGAGUGGACAAUUGAAGCCCCCAAAGGAAAGGUUGUUACAGUUAAUUUUGAUUUCAUCAGCAUUGAUGAUCCAGGCGACUGUACCAGCAACUACCUGAAACUCUAUAAUGGACCAGACAGUAGCUAUGCACCAAUUGGACCAUACUGUGGACUGGACACAAACAUUGCUCCGUUUACAGCUACGUCACAUCAAGUGUUCAUAAAAUUUCAUUCCGAGUAUGUAACACGGCCAUCAGUAUUUAGACUAACCUGGAACACCUAAAAACAUUUCCUGUCAGGGGCCAGGCAGAGGGGAAUUACCUAGCACUUUUGUUACUGAACAUUCUUCAAAAAAUGUGACUGUUCCUGGUGACAAUAAAAUUACUUUGGCAGCAAUGUA